UAAAAUCUCCGACAUGUCGAAUGGGAGGGGAUUGCUUUUGCUGGUAUGGUACGCGCGCCACGCACAUGACGCCGACUCGUAAAACGAAGAUCACGCUGUCCAUAAUAAAACUGAGGUUACGGGGCUCUUCAUACAUCAGAUCAGCGGGCACACGAGCGAGCGGCAGGUAUCAAUCUGCCUCCGUCCCAUCGUAAACAUGAUCGGAACCAUCACCAUCGUUUUGCUCAGCGCACUGCUGGCGUAUAUUGGGUGGAGGACGUAUGACCAGCUCACGUUCUUCGGUAAACUGGGGCUGAAGGGACCGACGCCUCUCCCGAUAUUCGGCAACCUGUUCGGAUUCAAAAUCGGAGUUUACAAAGCCUUGCAGAAAUGGACCAAGGAAUACGGCAAGACAUUUGGUAUCUCGCGCGGAGCCAGAAAGGUCAUCAUCAGCUCCGAUGUCGACUUCGUCCGAGAGAUCAUGGUGAAGCAAUUCACCAACUUCGCAGAUCGACAGGGUUUCCCGCUUCGUCCGGAAGAGACGAACUUUGACCUUUUGAACCUGAAGGGAGACCGAUGGAAGGCUAUGAGGGAGACAGUCGCGUUGGUUUUCACCAAGCACAAAAUGCAGAAGAUGUUGCCAAUGGUGACCGAGUGUGCUGACGAGACUGUUAAGAAUCUUAAAGAGAACGAAAAGAAGACGGAGGGCGUCUUGGAUAUCCACAAGUACAUGUGCGAGUAUGGCAUCGACGUAGGAUCGUACUGCUUCUUCGCGCUCAGAGCAACCUCACAAGAAGACAUGACUGUCCUGAUGAACCAAGCCAAUGCCAUGUGGAUUAGGUUUAAGACCUUCUACCUGCCUUGGUUUGUUAUCAUGCUGUUUCCGCAGUUGGAACCCAUCUUCAAGUACCUAGGCUGCUCCAUUCAUCCUCAUGAGUCUGUGGAUUACUUCACUCAGCUUAUCAAGGGCACCAUGGACAGCCGCAGGGCCGAUCCCAAUAGUUCGAAAUACAUGGAUUUUCUUCAGCUGAUGAUGAACGCCAAUGAGGAACUCAACUCGAGUGCCACCACCAUCAACGGCCGCCAGCUACAGAAACGCGCUCUUACAGACAAGGAGAUUUUCGCAAUGAGUAUGAGUGUCUUCGCGGGUAACACGGAGACGAGUCCCGGCACCUUGUCUUUCAUAUUCUUCAUGCUGGCUAUGCACCCGGAAGUACAAGAGAAACUGAUUCAAGAGAUCGAUGAUGUUAUGGGCGGAGGGGACGAUGUCACACAGGAGAAGGUCAACAAAAUGACCUACAUGGAUAUGGUGAUCCGGGAGUCGCUCAGAUUGUAUCCCACAGCCGCCUCUCUCGAUCGAGUUUGUUCAGAGGACUGCGUUGUGAAAGGUAUCAAAAUUCCCAAGGGCACCCUGGUCGAGAUUGGCGUCUACGCCAUCCAAACUGAUCCCGACUACUGGAAGGACCCGUUCACCUUCGACCCGGAGAGGUUUUCCGCCGAGAACAAGGCCAAGAUGGACCCAAUGACCUGGCUCGCCUUCGGCCAGGGCCCGAGGAUGUGCAUCGGUUACCGCUUCGCUAUGGUCGAGAUGAUAGUCAUGCUGACUCGCACAUUUCAGAAAUUCCGCCUGGAAAUCUGCGCGAAGACUGAGAAUCCCCCAACUCGUGGAACGCGCGGACUCAUGACCCCAGAGAAAGGCAUCAACCUCCGCCUGGUGCCUAGGCAAGAACAGAGCUUGUAAACACCGUGUAUGGCUUAGGAAACCAAACUGAUGUUUCUUGAAUUGGAGCCUCAGUAUCAAUCUACGCGUGGUUGGCUAGUUAUUAAAAAUUACCAAAAUAUUAUGUGAAUGUUUAAAAUACAAAAUUGUCACCAAAGCUACAAAAUAUUCCUAAACAUGCCCUUUUCCUACGUAUUGAGGCGUUUUGAUGACUUUUCUAGAAAAAAUGUUGCCAACCACGAAUUCAAUAUAUGCGCUUGCGACAGCCCAUACAAAAUGGCGCCAAUGUGUACAAACACUAAAAUUGUUAACGCGGAACUAUAGUCCAAAUUUAUGUGGCUGCUGGUCUGUUUUGGCCGCCAAAGGAAAUGCAUUAAAAAAUAGGCUCGACCAUUGAAUUUAUGACAUAGUUAAUUCAACAUUUCACGAUUUUAAUCGAAUUAUUUGGCGAUUUUUUACAAAAUAGGCAGCUUUGCAAAUCUGCUUCUGCAGCCAAGUACCAUUACUUACCACAAUACGCGUGCGUGAAAUAUAUCCAACUGCUAAAACUGCUAAACUGCUAAACUCCAACAAUUUAACCCCCCCCCCCCCC